UUCUGUGCCCCCCAAACACCCUGCUACCUCUGCAGAAAUCAAGACCCCCAGCCUCCCUUGCUGCAGCGCAUCUGCUCCCCCUUCUUCUGACUUUCCCGGGGACCAGCACUCCAGUAACUUUUAUAUUCCUGGCGGGGGGGAUCCGCAGCCAGACAUCCCUGCGACAUCUGCACAGACUGGUCAUUUUGCUGGGCAUCAACUGGGCUCCACUAAGAACCAGGUUCUGCUGACCCGACCCGUAUGGCUGCCCUGCCUGGCACUGUCCCAAGAAUGAUGCGGCCGGCUCCAGGUCAGAACUACCCCAGGACAGGAUUCCCCCUGGAAGUAUCCACUCCUUUGGGCCAAGGUCGAGUGAAUCAGCUCGGGGGAGUCUUCAUCAACGGCAGACCCCUGCCCAACCACAUCAGACACAAGAUAGUGGAGAUGGCCCACCAUGGCAUCCGCCCUUGUGUCAUCUCCAGGCAGCUCCGGGUCUCCCAUGGCUGCGUCUCCAAAAUCCUGUGCAGAUACCAGGAGACUGGCUCCAUCCGGCCCGGGGCCAUCGGGGGCAGCAAACCCAGGCAGGUGGCCACUCCUGAUGUCGAGAAGAAGAUCGAGGAAUACAAGAGGGAGAACCCGGGGAUGUUCAGCUGGGAGAUCCGGGACCGGCUGCUGAAGGACGGCCACUGUGACCGGAGCUCGGUCCCCUCAGGUUUAGUGAGUUCGAUUAGCCGGGUCCUCAGAAUAAAGUUCGGGAAAAAAGAGGAAGAUGAUGAAUGUGACAAGAAAGAUGAAGAUGGCGAGAAGAAGACCAAGCACAGCAUCGAUGGCAUCCUGGGCGACAAAGGGAAUCGCCUGGAUGAAGGGUCAGAUGUGGAGUCAGAACCAGAUCUACCGCUGAAGCGAAAACAGCGCCGCAGUCGUACAACCUUCACUGCUGAGCAACUAGAAGAGCUGGAGAAGGCCUUCGAGAGAACACAUUAUCCUGAUAUAUACACCAGAGAAGAACUAGCACAGAGAACCAAGCUCACUGAGGCCAGGGUGCAGGUCUGGUUCAGUAACCGAAGGGCGAGGUGGCGCAAACAGGCAGGAGCCAACCAACUGGCCGCAUUUAACCACUUACUGCCUGGUGGUUUUCCUCCCACAGGAAUGCCAGCACUGCCUCCAUACCAGCUCUCUGAGACGUCGUACCAAACAGCCAGCCUCGCUCAAGAUGUCGGAAGCACAGUCCACAGACCUCAACCUCUUCCUCCUUCCUCAAUGCAUCAAGGAGGUUUAUCAGCUGCAACUGCAGACACUGGAGCGGCUUACGGGGCAAGACAUAGCUUCUCAACCUACUCUGACAGCUUCAUCAACCAUGGAGGACAUUCCAACCACAUGAACCCGGUCGGUAAUGGCCUCUCCCCACAGGUAAUGAGCAUCCUCAGUAAUCCCAAUGGCGUGGCCCCACAGUCCCAGUCAGAAUUUUCAAUUUCUCCUCUGCACAGUGGGUUGGAAACCAGUAGCUGCAGCCAGCGCAGUGACUCCAUCAAAUCUGUGGACAGCCUCCCGACAUCCCAGUCCUACUGUGCGCCAACCUACAGUACCACAGGUUACAGCAUGGAUCCAGUAGCAAGCUACCAGUACGGACAGUAUGGACAAACUGCUGUCGAUUACUUGACUAAAAACGUCAGCCUGUCAACCCAGCGCCGUAUGAAGCUUGGAGAACACUCCGCCGUCUUGGGCCUUUUACCUGUAGAAACCGGACAAGCAUAUUGAAGACUUCACACACCGGCAGUAAACAUUCGUGCUCAUCUCAUGUACUGAGACAAUGUAACCAGAAAGUAUUGGCAGCAGUCGUCCAUUCAAUGUUCCAGAAGCCUCUGGUUGAUUAUGGAACAUUCUAAAAAUACUAUCCAGGCUUCUCCUCCAUUGAAUUGUCGAAGCAAAUGACACAAGAACCAAUCCGGCUCUGAACUGACGCACCAUUCGGCUGUGAAAUACCACGAGAGCAAAACGCAAAUAAGGAAAUUCUGCCAUGAUACCAAGCUUUUUUUUCUUUCCUGAUUUGCCCACAUUUCAUUCCAUGUUUUAUAUUGAGCUUGAAGAACAUUCCCCCAAGGCAUUCCAUGGAGCAGAGACUGAAAAUAAGAAUUUUACUCCAAGGAAUAAAAUCUACACUGCGCCUUCGAGAAACACGCCAGAGAUAUGUUUACCUAAUUGAAACAUUGAAGAAAUGAAUGCUCUUUUUAUUGACUACUUCUUUUCAGUUUUAUAUUAAUUAGGUCAAUGCUGUUGAGUAAAAAUUGAAACCCGUCCUAGAUUUAUACAAAAGAAAAACAGCUGCACUUAACGUGGACUAAAUCCACCCAUUCGGAGACACAGAGGUCGCUUUUCCGAUGUCCAAUGCAGGCUUAAUUGGCCAAUGAUAUCUGAACUAUUUGGAAGAAAGUAUGGAGGGGGUUGAACAAACAAUAUAUGGAAUCACACAGAAAAGUUACGCCUAUUGUAUAAAAUGUUUUCUUUGUCAUUUCUGCCAUAACAUAACUUGUGGCAACUCCAUUGUAACUAAUAACUGUAAUGACAGAGGUGAUUGUAUAAACCUUUGUACUGUACUAAUGACACUUCAUUUCUUGACAUUCCAAGAUAAUACAAUGUUGCAAACGUAUCUAAUGAUGAACACCGCCCUUACAGUCUCCUAUAGAUCGCAGGGGUCGCCCAAGUGUCUUGGGUAACAAGACUGCGGACCAAUAACAGGUUAGGAACAGACCUAUUGCUAUUCCAAAAAGCCUUUGGUACCAUUGCUGAGGAGACCACGAAAGGCUUCCCAGUCACGUUUCAGCUAUGGGUUGGAGAUAUGUACAUAGUAUAGUUAACCCAAGCCAGAUGAGUCCAGUGCCGAAGCUCAUUCCUGUGAAUAUGUUCACAACAGAAGAUGUAUAGUAAGGUUGAUGUAUAUGAAAUACGUGAUGUCUUCAAAAACAUUUAUAUAUUAUGUUUCAAGAGAAAAAAAAAAUAUUGAUAAUGGGGAUUGGUGGCGAUUAAAGGGCAUGUUUUUUUUCCCCCGAUAUACCAAGCAUUCAGCGUAACAACGUUUUCUCUAGAAAAGACUUUUAUCCCACGCUAUCAGACAACACGCUCCCAGGACAGGGGCAAGAAGAAGAAUAUAAGAGACAUUCCCGAUGGAGCUGUCGUCGCUUGCACAUACGGACAACUUGACAUUCUUUUUUUAAUAUAUAUUUCUACAAAAUGGACAUUUGAGGGAUGUAGCUUGGAGCCACAAGGACUGCGUGGCAUGGUUGCGGUAUCCCUCCGAAAAUGUAUAAUAAUUGCUUCUUAACCCUUUAGUCUAAUGCCACCGACCAGGAUCCUGUUAUAUAGCACUAGUAGGCAUUCCAUGCAAACUGACUGUCACCUCUGUGUCUGAUUUCAUGUCACUCCAAGUGUGCGCGUGUACAUAUAUAUGUGUAUAUAUAUAUAUAUGUAUGUGCAUACAUAUAUAUAUAAUCCCACUAUAAUUUAUUCAGCUAUAUUAAAUAGUAGAUUAGAAAGAUAAACUUGUACUUGUUUUACCCUCAUGGCUGCUGCCAGUUGUCUGCAAGCUACAGAUGACCCCUCCGGCAGUGACAGGGUUAACUACCUGCGCCUGUGUGUGUUUUUUGUGUACCUCAGGCAUUGCUGUUAUGCA